AAGUUCAGAAAUAAGCUGUGUUUUAUUUAGACUCUGCUUCUGAUUUGGUGAUUGAAUUCUUGAAGGAAACUAUCACAAAGCUUCGUAUGUAAAAAAAUAAUCUCUUUUUUUUCUUUUCUUCAAUAAUAUCGUCAGAUUUGGAAAAAUAAACAACCCCUUUUGAACUAGAAUUGCUCUGAUUUACUAAAUUUUGAGUUUUCAAGGAACUAAUAACUCUUACAGCACAUUCAAUUGUCAUUAGGCUUCGAAAUCCAAGAUUCAUUGUAUCCGCCAACAUUUUUGUUCAUAACUCAAUCCCGGAUUUUGAUUCUAUAAAGGGCAAGUAAUUUACUUGAUUUACUAAGACAUGGCUUUGGCCUUUAACCCUUUAUCAUGGUGGCUUUGGAGUGGAAAGCAUCAAGAACCUAAAAUAUCGAAAGGGACUUCUGUAAAUUCAUCACCUGAUUCGAGUUUGUUGGAAUUGGAUACUUUGAAGUUCACUCUUGAUAGGAGAAGGAAUAUGGCCUCCUCAUCUAGAAAGGUUAAGCGAAAAUGGGAGAGUCGUGAGGAGCGGAAGGUUGAUAGGGAGUAUGAUAUUGUUCUUGUUCCAUCGGAUGGCGGAUGUGUUUCAGGUUCUGAGUCAGAUGAUUCGGAUUGGUCUGUUGGAUGGUUGGAGCCUCAUGGCCCUGGUUUCCAGAGUGAUGAUGAUAGAGAUGAUAGUUUUGCUGUACUAGUUCCUUGCUAUGGACGUGGGCGCGCGGAUUUGGAAGAUAAUGCUCAAGACAAGUUCAUGCAGACCAUUGGUAAUUUCAGGGAUAUACAUGCUUCUGGGAAUGAGAAGUUUAUGGAACAGUGGCUCUCAUCUUUGCGGUAUAGCUGACAUACUGCAGUGGCUCAGUUGAUUUGAUAUCUUUUCUCCAGAUUCUUUGUUGCUUAGUGGAUCAAACACUAAGCUGUUUUUUGUUAACUAUUACAAGCCUAAAUAUGGACUGAGGAGUAAACUGAAAGUUAAACUGUAAAAAAAUAAAAAAUCGUCUAUGGACACUCCCAGUACCUUGUGUCUUAUGUUUUUCAGAAUUAUUUGAAGUAACCUCGACUUUGUCUCUUGAUAAUUGGUGUAAAUUUGUCAUUCGAACUGUGUCUGGAGGAAGGAGAAGUGAAGAAUGAUGGUUAUAGAAGGAAAAUUAAGAAAAAGAAAAAAGAGUGAAAGCUAAAAAGCAAUGGUGUUGUGAUUAUGCUUGUAGUAUUCUUUGGAUGUAAAUAUCUGUGAAUAGUUUCAUCAGUUGUAAAUGUGUUUUCUGGGAAAAUGAUUGGUUACUUAUGAUGCUAUAAGUAUCAUUUCAUUGUGAAUAUGCAGUUUCAUCUACUUGUACUGAAAAUAUUUGGGAAGUUCAAAUGUUAUUCGUAAGAAUAAAUGUCUCUGUUGUUCAGAA